CUCACGACUAGCCCGUCCCGUCGCCUCGCCCCGCCCUCGCGAAACACGUUCGGACCACCCACGCCUCCAGCGAAAAAUCGUCGCGCGGCAUCGUGUACCUCAUCGUGUCCAUAUAAAACCUACGGGUCUCUUGGUGCCGCUGCCGUAGAUCCGACAUGUCGCGCCGCAGGGACGAGGUCCCGGAGGAAGAGGACCAGGAGAUGGAGGAGGACCUGGUCAGCCUCCAAUUCGACGAGCCCUUGUCAUGGCGCGCCGGAAGACCAAUUGCCACUGGUGAACUCCUGCGACGCCUGGAAAAGCUCUCCAAGGAGCUGGUGGAUAUGGAUCAAGAAACCGUGGACAAGGAGUCCCUUGCUGGUGUUGCGAAGGAACUAGCCUCGCACAACCUGCUAGCGCACAGGGAGGGAGGAGUCAAGGCUUUUUCGGCGGCAUGCUUGGUAGACAUCUUGAAGCUGUGUGCCCCCGAAGCGCCUUUCACGCCGAAGCAAUUGAAGGAAAUAUUCUCUCUUUUCGUCAACACCAUCCUCCCAGCCCUCUGGGACCCGACCAACGCAUACAACACCCAGCAUAAAUACGUCCUCACAUCCCUCGCCGAGGUCAAGAGUAUCCUCUUGAUCAACGAUGUCUCGAAUUCCGAGGAACUCCUACUUCAGCUAUUUUCUUCCUUCUUCGACGGCAUCUCGGGGUCCUCGAAAGCGACAUCGGGGGAGCAGGUCGCUAAGGACGUCGAGUUCCACAUGACAGAUAUCCUCGUCACAUUAGUAGAGGAGAGCCCGUCGCUCCCGCCCGCUGUGCUGGACGUUAUCAUGGCCCAAUUCCUGAGAGCUGCGCCCCCAGGAGGCCAUAGGGACAAGGCGGAUUCGAAUGGGAAGCAGACAACCCUGCUACCCAAGGAAGAGCCAGAAGCAUAUGUGAUGGCCAAGACUGUGUGCAAUUCGUGCCCGGAGAAGAUGGCACGUUACGUGGGCCAGUAUUUCAGCGAAGUGAUUAUGGAUGUUUCCGGGAAUAGCGGGCAUGCCAACGGGCAGAAGGAUGACGAUGACUCAGAUGACGAGGACAAUACCGCUGCCGGGCCAUCGGAAUCGGAUUUCAAGGAGUUACGCAAGGCACAUCAACUUCUGCGAGAACUCUGGCGGGCCGCCCCAGCGGUAUUACCUAAUGUUAUACCCCAGGUUGACACUGAACUUUCCACCGAUAACGUCCAGUUGCGGUUGUUAGCCACAGAGACACUGGGAGACAUGAUAUCUGGGAUCGGCGCUGCGGGACCACCCCCCUCCCCGGUGCUCGACCCGACGGCAUAUCCGCCCUUAAAAUUAAACGACGAGACUAUAGACCACCCGGCAAUCAGUAUUCUUAACACUCCGAUUUCACCCUUAUCCUUCGCCCAGACGCAUUCUCAAGCCUUCCAUAAUUUCGUCGGGAGGAGGAACGACAAGUCCCCUCUGAUUCGGGCCGCAUGGACGACAGCCGUCGGUUACAUUAUAUCCACAUCAGCGGGCAACAUCGGACUCAGCCGAGAGGACGAGUCGGUAUUUGUCAAUGGCCUGCGGGACAAACUCAACGAUAGCGACGAGAAGGUCAGGUUGGCGGCCGUGAAGGCCAUCGAAACCUUCAGCUUCCGCGACAUCGUCCUCAAGUUGGCCGCAACGGGAGGCGUGAAUAAGGAAGGCUCGGUGCUAUCCACACUUACGGACAGGUGUCGAGACAAGAGACCUUCGGUUCGCGUCGAAGCCAUGGCUCUCUUGGGGAAACUCUGGGCCGUGGGCAGCGGCGAACUGGCAGCCGGGCAAGAAGCGGUAUCCUCGGCACUCUCGGGUAUCCCCUCCCGGAUAUUCAACACGUUUUAUGCCAAUGAUUUAGAAUUAAACGUCCUGCUAGAACGUGUUGUGUUCGAAUGUCUAGUGCCACUUUCUUUCCCCCCGCCCCCCAAGGCCAAAGGGACAAAGUCAUCGAAUGGCAACUCCCAAUCCCAAUCAGCUACUGAUGCGGCAGCUUACGACCAAGAUAGGGUCCGUGUCGAGAGGAUACUAUUGCUGGUGAAAGAUCUCGACAGCAAUGCGAAGAGAGCAUUCAAUGCGCUACAAGCACGGCAACCGCAGUUUUCGAAGGUGCUGGAAAAUCUGGUUCUCCAGUGCGACGCAUUCAACGGGGGAAAUCCAGAAAAGAACGAAGACAGGAUCAAGCACAACCUAAAGAAGACGAUCCAGUACCUGUCCCAGUUCCUCCCGGACCCGGUAAAGGUCGAAGCUGAUCUGCACAGCUUUGCCAGCUGGCACGAUCGUCGCUGCUACCAACUGAUCAAAUUUGCCGUUUCGGCGGAGAGCGAUUUUAAGACGAUGCACAGAGCUGUCAAAGAAUUUGUCAAGAGGGUUCAGGGCUCCCCGAAGCCGCACAUGCUGGACACCUUAUUGCCGCUCCUCUACCGCUCCUCCUAUAUCAUGUUUAACAAGAGUCACCUCUCGGCAUACAUGGAUUUUUCUAAGAGCGACAAAGACGGACUAGGAGCGGCCGCUCAGGAGAUCACUACUGAAAUCUCUCAAACUAACCCAGACCUGUUUAAGACACACGUUGGGCAACUCUGCAAAGAUCUCGUGGAUGGCGCACCAACCUCGGAUCACGCAAACGAUCUUGCCAUGGUUGAAACGUUGAAGGCCUGCUCUUCGUAUUCGAAGAGGUAUCCCGACGAGCUUCCGGACGAUCGCAAGUUCGUUCAGGCAUUGAUGAGUUACGCCCUAAACGGACAGCCGGCCAAGGUUGCUAAAUAUGCCGUCAACGUCAUGGUAGCGAGGAAAGAUGAAAAGAGCAUGGUGACGGCAACGGACCUACUGCAGAGAGUUUUGAAGGAUUGGAACUACGAUUCACCUCAUUUCCUCACAAGACUUGCAGCAGUCAGUCAACUGGAACUUCUAGCACAUAAGGUGACGGCCGAUGCCAACGACCAGAUCAUCGACACUGUGCUGGAUAAUGUCCUCCUCAAGGUCCGCACCGACGCUAAAGAUUCGGACCCUGAGUGGAUUGCCGAUUCGGAGCUUGACGACGAAUGUCAAAUCAAAAGCUGGGCGCUUAAAUUGGUGGUGAAUCGCCUGCGAGGUAACCGGGACCUAGAAGAGGCGAGAGAGCUUGCGCAACCGGUGUUCAAGCUUCUUCGCAGUCUUCUUAAGCAGCAAGGCGAACUAAGCAAGACGAAAAACACGCCUAAGCAUCAUAAAGCACGUCUCCGGUUGCUUGCCGGGCAACUCUUCUUGAAGCUCUGUAUCUCGAAGCAUUUUGAGGAGCUCUUUUCACAUGCCGACUUCAAUCUGCUGGCGUUUCUGACCCAGGACCAGAGCGCCAUGGUCCGUCGACGUUUCGUCGAGAAGCUUCAGAAGUAUCUCGUACAAAACAAACUACGGCCUCGGUUCUACACAAUAAUCUUCUUGACAGCUUUCGAACCAGAUACCGGCUUCAAGAACCAAAUUGAAACUUGGAUACGAUCGAGGGCGCGCUUCUAUCGGGACGCUAAACAGAAUGUCAUGGAGGCAACGAUGGGCAGGCUAAUCUCCCUGUUGGCGCACCACCCGGAUUAUGGCACAGAAGUGGAAGACUUGGUAGACCAUGCCAGAUAUCUCCUAUACUACGUCAGUAACGUCGUCACCGAGACAAAUCUUGGGAUGAUCGUCAAGUAUGCCGAACGCGUAAAACAAACAAGGGACGGCAUCUCACCAGAGCAGAGCGAGAACCUCUACGUUGUCAGCGACUUGGCCCAGAGUGUACUGAGAAAAUGGCAAGACAAGAAGAAUUGGAGUUUCCAGGCCUAUUCAGGCAAAAUUGGCUUACCCAUAGGCUUGUACACAGCACUUCCUAGUCAUGACGUGGCUCAGGAGAUCGCGGAGAAACAAUACCUUCCAGAAGGGCUGGACGAGCAGCUAGAUGACCUACUCAGGUCAUUAGACAAGAAAAAGAAACGUAAGAGCAUCGACGAGCGGGCUGACGGACAGCCUGCCCAGAAGAAAGUAAGAAGUGUCGUGCCAAAGGCUAGCGCGAAACCGAAAACACCGAAGGCCGCCAAAGCCUCGAAGAAAUCCGCGAAAUCUUCGAAAUCUUCAGAGAAGAAGAAAUCUGCCGCGUCAUCGUCCGCUGCGGAUUCUGCGGACCGGAGACGCAGCGGCCGCUCGAGGAACAACUCGUCGUAUAUUGAGCGAGAUUCGUCGGAAGAUGAUGAGGAUAUGCUAGAGGGUGUAGCAGAAUGGGAAUAUUACGACGACAAAGGAGAGAUCAUAGAGAACGAAAAUGACGAUUCCUCUGAGCUAUCGGAACCCGAGGAAGAAGAACCCGAGGCUGCCAGCGAUGACGACAAGAUGGAAGCGCCCGAGGAAGAGGAAGACGAAGACGAAGACGAGUUGAGCGACAUCGAGGAAGACGAAGAGGAAGCCCCGGCACCCCCACCACCGAAAACGAAUGGGCGGAAAGGUCGGGCAGCGGCAACCUCGCCUCCCAGUUCGAAGAUUAAGAGCCUGGUCUCGAGGCCAGCCGUCAAAGCGAGCGUUUCCAAGAGCAAAUCGCCUACUGCCGCCGCUAGCAAGAGCAAGCCGAAGCCGGCGCCGAAGACGAGAGCUCCUAGCACCCGCGCCACGAGGUCUAGAAGAAGCGCAGCAGCAGAAGAGACGCAGGACGAAGAGGAGGACGAGGAAUAAGAUCGAUGAAGGACGCGCGGGAGACGACCUAACUCGUAUCUUUUUUUUUUUCCCCUUGACAUGCU